CUCAUCGCCUUGCUCUCUUAUGCUAAGUUGUAACCACUUCACUUGUAAUCAACUUCUCUACUCUACUAGAGCCAAAAAAAGUAAAAAGAUAUCGUUAUCAUCAUAAAUGGCGGAGAAUAAGGUAAAUCUUUCGAUUAAUGGACAGUCAAAAGUGCCUCCAGGUUUCAGAUUCCAUCCGACAGAAGAAGAACUUCUCCAUUACUAUCUCCGCAAGAAAGUUCACUCACAAAAGAUCGAUCUUGAUGUCAUUCGUGAAGUAGAUCUCAACAAGCUUGAGCCUUGGGAUAUUCAAGAGGAAUGUAGAAUCGGUUUGACGCCACAGAACGAUUGGUACUUCUUCAGUCAUAAGGACAAGAAAUAUCCAACUGGGACAAGAACAAACCGGGCUACAGUCACUGGAUUCUGGAAAGCUACUGGACGUGAUAAGAUCAUCUAUUGUUGUGUCCGGAGAAUUGGACUGAGAAAGACGCUCGUGUUCUAUAAAGGAAGAGCUCCUCAUGGUGAGAAAUCUGAUUGGAUCAUGCAUGAGUAUCGCCUCGACGAUACUCCAACAAGUAAUGAAUGUUCUGAUGUUGUAACUGAAGACCCAAUGAGUUACAACGAAGACGGUUGGGUGGUAUGUCGAGUGUUCAGGAAGAAGAACUAUCAAAAGAUCGACGAUUCUCCUAAAAUCACUCAAUCUUCUUCACCUGAUGACACUGACGAAAACAAAAGGCCCACCACCUUUCACAACACUCUAAACGCAACCGUUUUGGACCACGUUCUUCUAUGCAUGGACCUUUCCGGUCCCAAUAUUUCCGUGCCCGAGGUCCAAACCAAAACUCAACAUCAAGACGAUCUUUUAUUCAUGCAACUCCCAAGUCUUGAGACACCCAAAUCCGAAAACCUAGUUGGCCAAAGUUUAACGACCACUAACCAACUCGAUUCCUCUCUGGUUCAAGAGAAGAUAACCGGCAGACCGGUUUGCAGUAAUUGGGCUAGUCUUGACCGGUUAGUGGCGUGGCAAUUGAACAAUGGUCAUCUUACGUGUGAUCGUACGAGUUUUGACGAAGAAGAAGAAGGUGAUGCCAUGAUGCAGCGAUGGGAUCUACACUGGAAUAAUGAUGAUAAUGUCGAUAUCUGGAGUAGUUUCGCCGAAUCAUCUUCGUCACUUUCGUCUUUAGACCCUCUUCUUCAUUUAUCUGUAUGAUUGUAUAUACACAAACAUAUACACACACAAGAUAAUUUUAAAAUAUAUACUUUCUGUUACUUGCAUAUAAUAAACAAAAAGGUUUGUUAAGAGCUAUCUCAUGUACUAUAUUUUGGAGUUUAAUAACAUUUGUUA